AUGAAAUUCUUUAUUUCAUUUCUCAUCUGUCUCCAUUCUUUAUCCGAAAUCAAUGGAGAUAAAAUUGUUCAUACAUUAACUGGAAGUGUUAAAGGAAAAAUAAUAAAAGUACUAUCUAGUGAUGUUUAUGCGUAUUUAGGUAUUCCAUACGCAUAUCCUCCAGUUGAUAAACUUAGAUUUCGAGCGCCUCAACCCAUUUCGAAGUGGCAUGGAAUUCUGGAUGCUACAAUACUGGCACCCGCCUGCACCCAAGACCCCGUAGAUCUUCGUUUUUACUGGGUACCGCAGAAUCUGCGUUACAUGAGUGAAGAUUGCUUAUAUUUAAAUAUUUGGGUUCCUGCUGAAAAACGAACAGUAAAACCAUUUACUACAAUGAUAUGGAUACAUGGUGGAGCAUACAAUACUGGCAGUUCGACAAUACCUGUCUAUAAUGGGCGCUAUUUAGCUUCUAUAGGCAAUGUCAUCGUCGUUUCGUUUAACUAUCGACUUGGCUCAUUCGGAUUCAUGUAUUUGAACUACACCAGAAUGCCUGGAAAUAUGGCAAUGUUAGAUCAAGUUGUUGCCUUGCAGUGGAUCUAUAAUAAUAUAGAAUGCUUCGGAGGAGACAGAAAUGAUAUCACUCUAUUUGGAGAAAGCACUGGCUCUAUCUCGAUUACGGAUCACAUGAUAUCACCAUUAUCUAGAGGACUGUUCAGAAGAAGUAUUCUUCAAAGUGGUUCCAAUUACAAUAGUUAUUUUGCGUUAAAACCAGAAGAAAAUGAGAAAAAAACAAAGAAAAUUGCAAUGAUAGCUGGUUGUGAUACGAGAAACACAUUCCCCAACGAUGUGAUAAAUUGUUUAUUGAGCCUAAAAGCCGAGGACUUAGCAGCUGCCGAAAGGAAAUUUGCAGCACCUAAUGAGAGUUUCUUAAGUUUUACGGAACAAGUUGACGGCCAUUUUCUUCUCGACAAUGGUAUAAACAGUGUCGAUGAAGGUGCAAUACACGGCAGAGAAGUGAUGAUAGGAAAUGUUGCAAACGAAGGAUCGCCGUUUUUGUUAAAUCAUAAACCGGAAUAUCGAACAGAAGAUGUUCCAAAAUUGAGUAAAUCGGAAGCAGAAUAUAUUUUGAGUAAACAUUUCUUGUUAAAUGGAACACGUCUUGAAGCAAUCUCAGAAGAGUAUUUUGGAAAAUUGCCAAAUUAUGAUUACUCAUCCACCGCUGAACGAACUAUGGAAGCGAUAGGAGACGGACUUUUUAUUUGUUCUAUUGUUGCUCUAGCGGAAAAGUUAUGGCAAUAUGAUAACACCGUAUAUUUUUAUAACUUCAAUUAUUCUCAUGUGACAGGAGGUUAUAAAAAAUGGGAAGGUGUUCCUCACUUUGAAGAGAUUUUCUUUGUAUUUGGUAUGCCGUUCAUGUAUCCUGAAGAAUACACAGAUGAAGAGAAAUAUUUUAGUUAUCAGAUUAUUCGACUGUGGACUUCUUUUGCAAAAACGGGGUAUGAAUUUGAUGGAGUGAAUGAAAAUGAUGAGCGGCUGAUUGAAUUAUGUGCUGCAAGGACUUGUUCAUAUCCGGUAUCCUCUUUAAGCACAAGUCAAUCCACAUACGUACAAAUGAACAUUUACACAAUAAUAAAAUCCACAUUUGGACUAUUCAUUAUACUCCAACUGUUCGAAGAAAGUAAUAAUAACCCUGUAUGUGGAAACUUUGCAGGAAAAACAAUAAAAGUGUUAAACAAAACUUUAUACGCUUUUUAUGGGAUUCCUUAUGCCAUGCCUCCAGUUAAUCAAUUGAGAUUUCGACAACCUCAACCUUUUACAAUUAAAUCAAACAUUAUAUAUAAUGCAACACGACGAUCACCUUCGUGCAUGCAAGAUUCGCCUUUCCCGUAUUUAGAAUGGAUCGAUCGCAAUCCUAAAGAUCUCAGCGAAGAUUGCCUCUAUCUUAAUAUUUGGGUACCAAGCUCAAAGCCAAAUGAAAAACCAUUUGCUACCAUGGUUUGGAUACAUGGAGGAGCAUUUAACGUGGGAUCUGCCAAUAUGAAUCUGUUUGACGGCGCUGUAAUUGCGGCAGUUGGAAACGUCAUUGUCGUUACAUUCAAUUAUCGUCUAGCUGCAUUAAGUUUCGCAAGAUUUAAUGAUGAAGAUGAACGAGGAAAUAUGGGCAUGUUAGAUCAAGUAAUGGCUCUCAAAUGGGUGCAUCGAAAUAUCGAAACUUUUGGAGGUGAAAAGAAUUUGAUAACUGUUUUCGGCCAGAGUUCGGGAGCGAUCUCUAUCGCACAUCACAUGAUAUCGCCGCUUACUAAAGGCUUAUUCAACAGAGUAAUUUUGCAAAGUGGUAGCAAUUAUCUUGAAUAUUAUGCAGUGAAUACUUCAUUUAAUAUCGAAAAUACAGUUAGGCUUUCACAGGAAGUCGGCUGCAACGUGUCUGAUAUAUUAACAUGUAUGAGAAAAAAGAAUGCAUAUGAAAUUGUUGCAGCUGAAAAGCGAUUGAUUAAACGACAACGAACAAUACUAUAUUAUCAUCCACAAGUCGGUCCUCCAUUUCUAUCUGACGAUCCAUUUUACGAUAUUGACACCGGCAAAUUUCAUGAUGUCGAGGUUUUAAUGGGUGGUGUAAAGGAUGAAGGUACCCCGUUUGUUAUUGCACUGAAUCCAUAUUUAGCCAUAGAAAACAAGCCAAUUUUAUCAAAAGCAGAGGCGAAAGAUAUUAUGAGUAGGGCUUACAAAGUAACUGGAAAAUAUCUUGAUCGUAUUGUAAAAAAGUAUUUAGGUAAUGUGGCAGAAAAUGACUACUUAGAAAUUCUAAAGCAAAUAAUCAAGGGUAUAAGCGACGGAGCAUUUUUAUGCCCCAUAUCACAUUUAGUGGAAAGACUUUCUCAGUAUGAUCACACAGUCUACGUUUAUAAGUUCAAUCAUACUCGAAUCAAAUCUCUGUUUAAAAAAUGGAUGGGAGUUCUACAUAACGAAGACUUGCAUUUCGUAUUUGGAAGACCAUUAUUAAAACAGAAAGAUUACACCGAAGAAGAAGUAUUGUUUAGCAGGAGAAUUAUACAACUUUGGACGUCGUUCGCUAAAACUGGGAAACCGAUGUACGAAGGAAUGGAGUUUGAAUGGAAAUCGUUCGAUAAGAAACAACGUAACACGCUUUCUCUCACUCUUGGUAACGUUCAUUCUACAAAUGCAGAAGUGGAUGAAAAAUGCGAAUUUUGGAAAGAAUUUCUCAGAGAAUAUACCAAUAAAAUGUACAUGCAUUAAUGAAAUAUUUUUAUUUAUAUCUACGUUAUAAAACAGUCGUAUUGUUAACUUUUCUAUCACUCUUGGUAACAUUCAUCCUUUUUGGUGAGUCUGUCUUAAACUUCUGUGCACUUUGAAGAAAACUUCUUCAGUGUCUUCAGGCUGAGUUUCAAAAAAAUGAAAAAAAUACAAUGGGUAAUUUGUUUAAGUAUAUGUUAUUGUUUGGAAAUGUUUAUAUAUAAUGCUGGCCAUAAACAUUGUUAUAUCACGAAGGCGGCCCGCAACAAACGCGAAAUUUUCAUAAUAUGUGCAACUUGUAAA